CUUGCCGCGAUCAUAUCCGCUGCAGACCACUGGCAGCACGCUCCGUUGUUGAAUGUGACGAGCUUGCAAGCUUGUCUGGCACUUUGCACUGCGCCGUAUUUUGUAGGUGUAACGCGCAAUGAAUCCCACCAAUCCUACCGGCAUCUCCUCCUCUGGAAGCGAAUCAGACCCAUCUGGAAACCUGGCUCAUAUUUAUAACAGUUUGGCGCAGCUGUCUCGGGCUUUCAGCAGCGCUACACCACCGCAAAAUCUCGCUGCUCCAUUCACCGCUCAUGCCGCCAUUCCAGCAAUGUCCCAGACAAGUGCCUUCUUGCCACCGUUUGCGGCUGCCUCCCUCUCUCAAGCGAACCCUGUACAGCAGAGUAGUCUCUCUAGGAUAGUUGGAACAGGCGCAUCGGCCCCCCAGGCGAAUGCUUUGUUGGCUCAGUUGAUCACGCUACUGGCACCGCAGACGAAUGUCGCACCUUUACCUGCACCCGAUAUUAAUCCAGCGAUGCAGGCAUUGGUGGACAUGUUAAAGAUGAGCACCCCAGUCGGGAGUUUUCCUGACGACCAAAUGCGCCUUGUGCAAGCACUACACGAGAGCGAGAGUAAGGGCCAGACUUAUCGGCAAGCACUGGAGGCUUUGAAUGGAGUCAACAACCAUUCUGCAGCGAUGUGGAAGGACUACUAUUUGGAUCACGCAAAGCGCAUCGAGAGGCUGAUCGCGAACUUGCGUGCCAGCAACGCUGAGGAGAAAUGGCCCACGUCUAGCACCUUAUCAAGGUCCACAGGGCAGUCUGCGCAUCUUUAUGCGUCCUCAUCUUCAUCACCCGUAGAUUACGUGCAAAGAAGUCCGUAUCCUUCUCCAUCUCGUUCUAACGUAUCGUCGUCGUCGGUCCGGCCCACAGAGGCAGAGCUUCCACGGCAAAAUACAUCGAACCGACGUGCUCAUCCUUCAUCAUCGCGAAAUAUAAAGACAGGCACCUCAUCUCGGCAACAAACUAGGAUGUCGACUAGGGCACAAGACGACGAGGACCAGGGAGCCUUAGGUUCCAGGAAGACAGCCCGCCAGAAGAAACAGCGUGGCUCUAUUUCAAGUUCAUCAACGAGGGUUAAUCUCCCGCGCUGGCCUUCGAGAUCACCGACACCGCCGGAAGAAGUUAUCGCCAACGUCACAGGACAGAAUCUAUACACUAUAAAGGAUAAGGAUUUUUUCGUCAAGUUACUGCAGUGGGAACUGGGGAAGAAUCCCGAGCUGCAGCGUGAAUCAUUGUGUAAGCUGCUGGCAGUAAAGGUUCCGCAUCAUUCAUUGGCUUCGUGGUCAUCUUAUUGGCAUCGCAAUAAAAACAUCGUUGAUAAGGUCUUAAAUGCUGCGAAGUCUCUCCCUGAACCCUCCUCAUCAGAAAAUGACACAAAUACUUCCCAGUCAGUUCUGUCGCUUCAGGAGAGCAUUGACGAGGAGUCAGACAUAGAACUACUUGAGUCGGAGACAGAUCCACCUACGGACGAAGAUGUUCAACACAUGGGCUCUUCAGGAGAUCUGGUCAGAAAGGCGGACUUGCGUGUGCUUGCAAAAUAUAUAGUCGCUAGGCCUGAUUGGGAUGAUCUCACUCGGUCAGAUAGGUUCGCGCCUUAUGUUGCAAAGUAUCCCAAGCGGUCGUUUGAGGCUUAUGCCCAAAUUUACGACAGGAAAAAAUCAGGAGAUAAAUCGCCUAGUGAAGAAGUAUAAACGCAAGGCACACGUGAAACAGGCGGAAGAAGCUAGUGGCGGCGCGAGUGGAAGUCCAUCGCUAGCGCCAGCACAGGAUGCUCAGACAUCGCAUACCAUCCCAGAAAAGCGCAAAGCCGAGCUCAACACGCUUCCUCCCUUUAUCGAUCUGCUCGAAGAAAAGCGCCAGCGAGUAGAACUGUCAGGCGGUAGUCCUUGAUGGAUCCUUGCAUGACGGCUUUGUGUCAGUCAAAGUAUUACGUUUUAUCAUUUAUAUCGGAGCGCUUGCACAUCAACUUUGCUUUCAUACACGAACCGUGAUCCGCUGAUCACGCCUUCCUACGGACAUGUAAGAAUAACUUGCUUUUCUAGGUGUAUGCUAUGUUUGUAGGGACUAGGCUGAAAUAUAUGAUGAUCUUGAUUUACGG